AUGUCACGAGAAGAGCUCUCAGCGGCUGCCGCGCCGGUGCUGUUCCGCGACCGAUACCCACUGCCCCUCAUCGCGGAGACCCUGCAGAAUCUGGCCAAGGCUAAGUGGUUCACCAAGUUGGACGUGGUGGCCGCUUUCCAUAAGAUCCGCAUGGCUCCGGGACAUGAGGAAAGACUGCAUUUCGCACGAGACCCAGCGAAGUGCGAGUUUUCGGUACAAGAGGUCAAAUACCUUGGGUUCAUCGUCAACGCAGGGAAAGGAAUCGCCUGCGACCCCGAAAAGCAGCGCGCCAUCCGCGAAUGGGAGGCCCCGACCACGGUGAAGGGUGUCAGAAGCUUUCUGGGCUUCGCCAACUAUUACCGGAUCUUCAUCCCCGACUAUGCCAAGAUCACGCAGUCUCUGGAUGCCCUGCUUAAGAAAGGAACUGCCUUUCAUUGGGGACGAGCGGAGAACGAGGCGUUUCAGGAGCUGAAGCGACGAUUUUGCGAGUCACCGGUGCUCAAGCAGUGGGACCCGAGCCUCCCGACCUUUUUGGAGACGGAUUGCUCAGGCUACGCAUUGGGAGGCGUCCUGUCGCAGGAAGGCCCAGAUGGACGUCGACACGCAUGCGCCUUCUUCUCGAAGCGACUUUCGCCAGCGGAGUACAACUAUCCCAUUCACGACAAGGAGAUGCUUGCCAUCAUGAGAUGUCUCGACAACUGGAACGCCGAACUUAGGAGCUGCGGCCCAUUUACAAUCCUUACCGAUCACCGCAACCUGGAGUAUUUCAUGACACGCCAGAAGCUCACGGAACGGCAGAGCCGUUGGGCAGCCGAAUUGUCCCAGUUCGACUUCAAGCUCGAGUAUCGACCGGGAAGCGAGGCUGUCGUGCCUGAUGCGUUGUCCCGCCGUGAACAAGACAAGCCACAGGGCAUUGACGACGAGCGGGAACAAGGAAGAAUGAUACAGUUGAUACCGGAUAGUGCCAUUCCAUCAUCGACAAGAGCAUGUAUCAACGCGAUGAGUUCUGACUGUUCAGAGGCAUCCACCCUGCCGAAGAUGAAGGUCUUCGAGGUAGCGGACCUGCAGCAACUCUGGGACGAAACGGUGGCGAAGGACUCGAUAUUCCGGGCAGCCUAUAAGGCAGUCCGCGAUCGCGAGCGUGCCUUCCCGCCCUCGCUGGGCCUGAAGAUCCAGAUUUCAGAAUGUGCGAUCGACGCAGGCAAAAGGCUGACAUUCAGAGACCGUAUUUGGUCGCAUGACUCUGUUGCGACCGGUCAUCCCGGCAGGAAGGUACGCUGGCUAUUGUGGCUCGGCGAUUCUACUGGCCUGGGCAGUCCCAGCUGGUUCGCCGAUCGACCCCGAAGCCAUUUGUCCAUGGACUUCAUCACAGAUCUGCCGCCUACUGGACCGAGCAAGGCAAGGUACCUGUGGGUGAUUGUGGACAGACUGACAAAGGCUGUGACCCUCGAGGUGAUGGACAACAUGGAAGCUGAGCCGUGUGCAAACCGUUUUCUCCAGUGUCAUUACCGAUUUCACGGAAUGCCACGGUCCAUCGUCAGCGACCGCGGGAGCAACUGGCUAAGUAGGUUCUGGAAGAGGUUCUGCCGUCUUGCAGGUGUCACGCAGAAAUUGAGCACGGCCUAUCAUCCUCAGACGGACGGAGGGCCAGAGAGAAUGAACCAGGAGAUCGAGGCCUACCUGAGAGCCUACGUGUCGUACGUGCAGGACGACUGGGAGAACUGCUCCCUGCCGCGCAGCUGGCACUCAACAAUCGUGAAUCCGCAGCGACCAAGAUCAGCCCCUUUUCGCUGA